AUGUACUAUCCAGGCGUCAUCUCGCUGCUACUAUAUCUUCUAUGCUUUGCUGCCCCGGCGCUAGCAUUCGGCAGAUCUUCGGAAUCGCCCCCAGGGAGAAAUGCCAUACUCCUCUCGCGAGUGCAGUCGUUGACACUCCGCGCCGAUCGUCUCACAUCCUCUCGCCGUGUUUCUCCGAUUCCACAACUGAAAUGCGUGGGACCCUCAAAGCGCAUUUGUGACAUGUACACAAUAGACACUAUGCGAUGCACAAAUGCUGGAUACGAAUACGAGGAAGAAGAUGUCCAGUGGACUUGUACUGCACCACUUCCGGAGGAGUUCAAGUUGGGCGCAACAGAUGUGGUCUGCGAGGGAUACCGAAACGCUGAUGACAAGUGGGUGUUGAAGGGCAGCUGUGGUGUCGAGUACCGGCUACUGUUAACGGAGCGCGGGGAGAGGCGAUUUGGCAAGGUGCAAGAGGAUGAUCUGUGGUCCGGCCGGGGCGCGACAAAAGGAUGGCGCCGAGAAAUGGCCGCUCUAGGCGAGCUGAUUUUCUUUGGGUUCAUGGACGGGGAGGUCGCCGAAGAGGCCCCAAUGUUGGACGAGGUUGGGGCGGAGGAGGUGAUGACCAUGGGCCUUACCCUGGACCCCCUCCUCCGUAUAGCAGCUCUCCAAGUAGUAGUUCGUGUUCAUCGCAGCCAGGCGCGCAGGGAUGGAGACCGGGCUUUUGGACCGGUGCUGCGGGUGGUGCCGCAGCUGGCUACGAGAUGGGCAGGAGAAGCAAUCGGCAUAGCUCUCCAUGGGGAGACAGGCCGUCGUCUUCUAGGAGAUGGGAUGACCAAGAGACUUGGAGAGAAAACAGCCCACGGCCGCGUUCCCCUCCUCGGUUUUCAGCUACCACUGAAAGUACAGGGUUCGGCUCAACAAGACGAAGAUAAUGCUUAG